AUCUCGAGUGUUGGACAGGAUAAUUUGAUUAGUGAUAACGUGAUAGGAACAGCUGUCGAAAAUGAAAAUAAUCCUAUUGAGUACCCUAGUGGCAGUAUGUUCGUGUGCCCGCUUGGACAACAACUAUCUGCCUCCACCGGGAGCUGCCUCGUCUGGAGGCGGUCCAGGACUGACGGCACCUGCUCCCGGUGGAAGACCUGGUCCCGCUCCUGGUAGACCUGCUGCCGGCGGUGGUGGGCACGGUGGUGCUCCUGGAGGCUUCGGUGGACGACCUGGUGGAGCGGGAGGUGCUCCUGCUCGCCCAUCUACUGCGUACGGACCACCGGCUGGUGGAUUUGGUGGUGGUGCUCCAUCGUCCUUCGGAGGUGGCGCUCCAUCAUCUGGCGGAUUCGGAGGAGCUGCUCCCGCUCCAGCAGCUCCAGCUGGGCCACCAAUUCCGAUAAUUUCCUACGAAAAUGUUAACAACGGAGAUGGCAGCUACAAGUUUAGUUACGAGACGGGCAAUGGAAUCAAAGCUCAAGAGCAAGGAGACGUGAAAAACAAGGGUUCGGAAAACCAAAUCCAAACGGUUCAGGGUUCAUUCUCGUACACUUCUCCGGAAGGACAAGUCAUCUCGUUGACCUACGUUGCCGAUGAAAAUGGAUUUGUGCCACAAGGAGACCAUCUGCCAACUCCACCGCCCAUCCCGGAGGAAGUCCUGAAGGCUCAACAGGAACAUGCUGCUGCUCAUGCUAGUGCUGCCGCUGCCGGAGCUGGUGCCGGAGGACCUGGAGGUCACGGAGGAUCCGGCGGACAUGGAGGUGGUGCUGGAGCAGGUGGAUAUCCAUCGACCGGUUCGGGACCGGCCCAGGGAGCUGGCUAUCCAUCGGGAGGACCACUGGCCAAUGCACGACCCGGAACUGGACGCCCCUCGGGAAGUGGAUCGUUCAGUCCACAGUCGGGCUACAAGUACUAGACAAUUUUAGCAUUUAGUCAAUUGUUUAUGAGUGAUUAACGGCAAUACGCUUGAGAACUGUAAAUAUGGAGCAAACUGGCGGAGCAAAUAUAAAUCGAAAAAUAAAAGUCACGAUGUGUGAAUGAACGAA